GAUCAAUCGAUUCGCUAUUGAAUCCCCACGAACUCUACACCACAUAACAGCUUCCUUGAUAAUGCUUGGGUCCACGAGAUACCAAGAAGUACCAAGGGCGCGGAUGACGACCCCAUGCUUCGCCUACGUUGUUGACCAUUCCGAGCGUGCUGGGUGACUCGGAUUCAGUCAGGAGUCGUGUGGGACCCAAGAGACAACGUCGAUCUACAUGCAUCGGCACCUGCCCACCCUGACAACAGGAAUAAUAGUCUAAGCCCCUGGUUAUUCCCUACAAGAUUCGGAUAAAUUUGGAGCUUUUUGUCGUAUGUUUAGCAAACUUUCGUCCAAAUUUUCCCUCCAUCGGAUUUACACUGAUGAUUUAUCACAAUAGGUGAAUGACCUGAUUUUGGUUCCCCUCUGGCACUCAAGGACAAGUCGGCCUCAAUUUGAACUAUUCCAGACUGAGUCAACAGGAAGCAGUCGCAGGCCUCUAUUCACCCUGUCAUAUGGGGCGAACGUUUCGCCACGCAUCAUCAAAACGCAUUUGUGGAGCAGUGUCAGGACUGGCCUGAAAGCGAACAGGGACAUGAUCGUCGUCGAUAAUCCGGAAUUCCAUUCAGGCCCGGUCCCCGAGGCCAGUGGGAUCGCACUCCGCAAGUCAAGCGGUGGCGAGGUUCCUGGCAGCAACUAGUGGACCGAAAAUCGGGUGAUGCGUUGCACGUCUGUUCUGUACCUCCAGAGAGUUUAAUCAGAGCAACUCGGAACGGGAAUAGCGGCGGGGAGAGCACCGAGGCGGGUAUUUAAGCCGUCGCACGAAUGCUAGGAUCUGAGGAACGAUGUCUUGGCUCCCAUCCCUCCUUCUCUUCUGCGCUUCUCUUGCUCGCGUCCACGCAGUCAUCGUCGACAAUGCGAGUGCACUGCUCGGUUCUGGGCUUCACUUCGAUUUUGUGGUCGUCGGGGGUGGAACAGCGGGCAAUGUUGUCGCCAACCGCUUGAGCGAGAACCCGAAGUGGUCAGUCCUCGUUUGGAGGCGGGAGGAUCUAACGCGGAUGUACUUGACAUCAUCGUUCCGUUCUACUGCACUCGCGCUACUCCAAACACUCCACAAGACUGGAAUUACACUACAACACCCCAGAGCGGGUUCGGUGGACGGGCGAUUGCCUAUCCUCGAGGGCAUGUCCUCGGUGGCUCGAGCUCAGUCAAUGACAUGGUGUACACCCGUGGAUCUGCGGAGGAUUUUGAUCGCUUUGCGGCCGUCACUGGGGACCACGGCUGGUCUUGGGAUAAACUCAUCCCGUACAUGCGGAAGAACGAGAAUUUCACGAUACCAACACUUCACAGCGAGCGCGGACACUAUGAUCCCUCGGUCCAUGGUUAUCAGGGCAUCAACACUGUGUCUCUUUCUGGCUUUCCGACUCCUAUUGACGAUCGCAUCAUCCAGACCACAGUCCAGUUAUCCAAAGAAUUUCCUUUCAACCGUGACAUGAAUUCUGGCUCUCCACUUGGGAUCGGAUGGACACAAGCUACCAUCAAGAAUGGAUCGAGAAGCAGCUCUGCGACCUCAUAUCUUGGGCCGAAAUUUGUCUCUCGACCGAAUCUACAUGUGAUUUUGAAUGCUCAGGUGCUUUCGAUUCUUUCGACGGGACGAGACGAAUUCAAGGCCGCUAGUUUCGUGCACAAGGGCAAAACAAUGACUGUGACUGCGCGCAAGGAGCUCAUCCUGUCUGCAGGAAGUAUCGGCACUCCUAAUAUCUUGUUGCACUCGGGCAUCGGGAACAGUUCGACUUUGCGCAAGUUGGGAAUCAAACCACUGCACAACCUCCCCUCUGUUGGGCAGAACCUCAGCGACCAUGUGCUCCUGCCCUUCGGGUUUUCAGUCAACUCAAAUCAUACAUGGGAGGCUGCGAAGCGCAACUCGACUCUUGCUGCGCAGCAGCUCGCGCAGUGGAAUACAUCCCGCACGGGGCCAUUGGUAGACACCGUGCCGACUCUCAUUGGCUGGCUCCGUGUCCCCGACGACCUCCUGAAAGGAUUCCCCGAUGCGUCUGCGGGCCCCAACACCCCGCACUACGAGUUUAUCAUAUCCAACGGAUUUUUCACCCCACAGCCGGAGAAUCUCAACGGCAUGGGCAUCACCACCGCACUCGUGUCCCCGCUGUCGCGCGGCUCGGUCACGCUGAACAGCACCAACCCCCUCGCGGCGCCCGUCAUCAAUCCGAAUCUGCUCGGUGCUAAGGUCGACCGGAUCGUCAUGCGGGAGUCGGUCCGCGCGGCGCUGCGGUUCGCGGCUGCGCCCGCGUGGAAGGGGUACAUCAUCGCCCCGCUGAGUGUCAAUGCGUCCAGUACUGACGCGGAGAUUGAUGCGUUCGUCCAGACCUCGGCGGGGACGGUGUAUCAUCCGGCCGGAUCGGCGAGCAUGUCGCCCGUCGGCGCGGACUGGGGUGUCGUCGAUCCGGAUCUGAAGGUGAAGGGCCUCAAGGGACUGCGGGUCAUUGAUUUGUCUGUCACCCCAUACAUUCCGGCCGCGCAUACUCAGGCCGCUGCGUACUUGAUCGGAGAAAGAGGCGCGGAUCUAAUCAAGCGUUCUUGGUAGUACACGUAAUAUUGAACAUUAAUUAAGUGCCUCGUAGUUGUUCACGUGAUCGCGAUUAUGCACGGGCUGUCAGACGAAGAAUUCAAUGUGAAACUAGGACAGGAUGUUUCUGACUGUUGAAAGUAGGAGGAGAACUUGCAUGUUGAAAUCAUCACAUAAGAGGGGGCAACUGAUCUAUACCUCCCAGGACCGGGCUCAGUUUUUCCUCUGUUCGACUACUGUAGUAUUUUAUUCAAUUGCUUAACAAUCAAAAUUUUGGCUUCAACAGUUUUUUU